AUACUCACUAAUUGCCCGUUAGGAAUACCCUUGACAGGUGGACUAUAUUUGCUCUUUUUAAUUAUUUUUCGCUUCUCUCCUUGUUAUAUUUUAACCAAAAUGGUAAAUUUGAAAAUUUUCUUUUUCGUUUCGUACUUUUAUUCGUUCAAUUGCGGUUAUUCUAUGCGAAAGGAAACUGUUAUUUUGGUCUCCUUUGAUGGGUUUCGGUGGGAUUACCUAGACAUGAAUCGAACUGCCACGAAGAACUUCUCCUCUAUCAUGAAACAAGGGGUGCGGGCUGAAUAUGUUAGGAACGUGUUUCCAACGGUAACUUUUCCCAAUCACUACACUAUCGUCACAGGGCUUUACCCUGAAAGCCACGGAAUAAUAUCGAACUCGUUUUACGACGCGAUUGCAAACAAAUCUUUUAACAUGAACACGAACAGUUCCGAAUGGUGGGACAAAUUUGCCGAACCUCUUUGGGUGACAAGCGAAAAACAAGGACAUAGAAGUGGUAUGUGUUUUUGGCCAGGCUAUGAUGUGGAAUACAAAGGCCAAAAACCUUCUUUUACCACGAGUGAAUUUGGAUUUGGAAGACCUUUUGCCCCUCGUGAAAACGAAACGAUUUCUCCUUGGAAGUGGCGUGUUGAUUUGGUUUUAAAAUGGUUGAAAGAUCCAGACCCACCGUCCUUUAUCACUUUAUACUUUGAGGAACCGGACGAAGCUGGCCAUUGCUGUGGCCCUGACUCGGUAAAUGUUACAGAAGAGAUUGGAAGAGACGACGAAAUUACGGGUUAUCUCUUGCAAGAAUUACACAAAGCAAAUUUAACGGAUGCAGUUAAUUUGAUAAUAACAGCUGAUCACGGCACUGCUAUGUACAAUUCAAGCACAGUCUUGGACUUGCAUGAAUUUUUACCUCCAGAUUAUUCCUUAUGGAUUCCAGGUUGGGCUUACUUUUCAUUCAAUACCACCAAUGUAACAGGAGCGUAUGAUAGUUUAAAGAAGGCAGAGAAACAGAAAUCGCACUUUAAUGUAUACAGAAAAGAGGAACUUCCGGAAGAACUUCAUUUCAAACACAGUAGGUUUGUAGCUGAAAUUAAUGUCAUCUUGGAAGAAGGUUGGUUGGCAACAGUGGGACCCUUCAACCAUUCCCGCAAGGUAGUCACAAAAGGAACUCAUGGCUGGCACCCAUCCUUACCAACCAUGCACCCUUUCUUCUUGGCACAAGGCCCAGCUUUCAAGCAAGAUUAUAAAAGUGGUCCUAUCGAGAUGGUUGACAUCUAUCCAUUGAUUUGCCAUUUACUAGGUAUAGAUCCUUUGCCAAACAAUGGCUCACUCAGUGGCAUUACACACGUGCUGAAAGUUGCGCCAAAUCCUUCGCACUCAAAUGACCACUGGCUCACAACUGGAGAAGUUAUUGCCAUAGUUAUAGGUACAGCUAUUGCUUUGACAGUCUGCAUGUAUGCUGUUUUAAUGAUAAGAAGGGAUCGCCGACAUAUGGCUAGAGGUCACAGACCUGGUGAAGGUAACCAGCCGUUACUGUUUGGAGAUGAAGAUGAUGAAAAUAUGAUUUAAAUAUCUUAUCAAAAUGGUCCACUGUCAAAAAUAACAGUGUUUACCUUGUGAACCCAAAGGUGAUUGACAUGUGCCAGUAUUUUCUCACAAUUCCAUAACUCCAUCCAGCAUUGGAGGUAGAGAAUAGAUAAACUUUAUCAUUUAAUGAAUUAUCUUGAUGAAGCAAAAUUCUCCUUACCGCUUUAUGAGGAACUUUUUAGAAGCAAGAGGGGAGAAUUACUUAUCAAUCUUUGAAGGCAAAAGGUUAAAAAUACUAAUACAAAAGUGGUAAAGUAUUCCUUGUGCAUAUUUUUAGAAGCUGAAGCAGGUGGUUGUAGUAGGCACUUUCUCCAUACUGAAGGAUGGCUUUCUAAACUCUAACAUGCACUGAGUUCUAUCGAGAGCCCUGAAUAUGUAACCAAAGUUUCUAGUUGCUAGAAAUUAUCUUGGCCCUGGUAGUGGAAAGGGUGGGUUUAAAUGCUAAUAACUGGAUAAAUCUCGUUCCAGUAAAUGGUGCAGCAUCUAUUGUUAACACUUUACCUCUAUAUAGUGAGUAAUUAGUUAACUCUUUAGUCCUAGAAGUGAAAAUUGGCUAGCCUGGUAAGAUGUGACCACAACUCACUGAAGACUACAAAUUAUUGACAAGUCUUCCUUCCACCUGACAUUGUACAAAGCCACAACUAUCAGGACUCUAACACAACAAGCACAACUUGUAUGCAACACAACAGACAGCUUAUCUCAUGAGAACAAAUACCUCAACUGUAUUUUUUCGAAAAACAAUGACAAUGAUGACUUCAUUUGAUGAAACACUCACUAUCCUAUGGCAUCUCAAUCAGCUAACAUGAACUGAACUUAGUGCACUCGACUGACAACAACUUUUCACUUGACUCUGAAAACAACUUCUACUCAGGUUGUUGGAACAUCAGUUACCACUUAUGACAACAUUCCCUCUCAGAACCACUCUCACAUGGGCCAUCAGACCACACAAUCAAGUUACUCCCAGGUUCAAACCAUUCUCUGUCCUAGAGGUGAUUGACAUAUAACCUCUCUCUAAAAUAUCUAUACAUUAUCCAGCAAAUGUGUAAAGAAAAUACUCAAACUUAUCAGGUAGAAGUUACCUUGAUUUAACAAAGUCAUUUAAAUUUACUAAAGGUUUUUUUGGAUUUGAUUUUUUUCAAUUUUGUUAUUAUUUACUCACUUAUUUACUUACUAUUUCUGUGGGUCUGUUCUGUAAUAGGUCACAAAUGAUGUCAGAAAGUGGUAAGAACUAAAAAGGGGCAGGUGAGGGGCAGCUAAGUGUGUCAUCAAUGUUUUUAUCACAUGUUGACAUUUUCUGUGAUUAUCAGUAGAACCCUACUGAAUCAAACUUGGUUUACUCCAACCCUGGGGUAACUCAAACAAGAUCACAUUUCCCUUGAUACCAUUUUUUUCCCCUAGACAUUUACUAUCAGCUAACUUGAACCACCACUAAACCCUUCAACUCCCAGAAGUGACCAACAUGUAGCUUCUUCCUAUGAUAUCUGAAUGUUUUCCAGAAAAUGGUUGGUGAGAAUACUAAAAUCCAUCAAGCAGAAGUUUUUAUCUUGAUCUUACACCAAAUUCUCACUACUAAAAUUUACAAGGAACUGUGUGGCAGCAAGAGGAGAGAACUAACAAUCAACAGCUUGACACAAUCUCCACCAUUGUUGUAAAUGGUUACAUCAUAUUUUGUUUAUGAAGCAGUCCUGACAUGCCAUACCAUGACAAGGCACACCCAGGAAUAUCUUUAAACAUCAUUCUAUAGCUAUGCUUGAAAGAAAAUUUUGCAGAAACUGCAAUGGCUAGUUACCGUGGACUGAAAAACUGACAUAGAAUUAUGACCAGUUGUUAUUCAAGGUUUCUUGAAGAAAAAUUGAUGUAAUUUUGUUCACCAAACAGUUCACUUCAUCUUUUUAAUACAAAUGUUUGUGCAUAAUUUACAUUUACAUAUUGUGUUACAAAAUUGGUCCAGGGUGACAAUGAUACACACUACUCUCUUGAAGCCUUGACUGACCCCUGACAAAAAGCUAACCACCUUCCGAACUGACCUGUUUAUCUCAACUGACCUCUUUGUUUUUUCUCUGGUGAAACACAGAGAUAAUUUUAUUUUGCAUCAAAAGUCACUCCAGGUUUUAUUCUGGGUCCCAGCAGAACCUUUCAAUAUAUUAAAUGUCAGUUAUUCAUGGUCAUAUCUACACAGCACACACACACA